GGGGCGGCGGUCGGGAGGGCCGGCUCCGCCCCCUGUGCGCAUGCUCGGGCUCCGGCGGCUUAUAAGGCAGCGGCGGCGGGCCCUGCCCGACAAAGUGCCGGCGAGCUGCGACGUGACUCGCCGCCGCGUGGGUGCCCGGGCGGACGGACGGACGCGUCAGCGGGCGAAGGACACGACCUGGAACCCGGGCCCCACGGAACUCCAGGCGCCGCGGCGUCACGCACACGCUGGGCGCCGCGAGCCGCGCAUAACGAUAUUUGGAUUUGAGCUGUAUUUUGGAAUUCAUCUAUACUUAAAAUGCCACCAGCGGUUGGAGGUCCAGUCGGAUACACCCCCCCAGAUGGAGGCUGGGGGUGGGCAGUUGUAGUUGGAGCAUUCAUUUCCAUUGGCUUCUCUUAUGCAUUUGCCAAAUCUAUUACUGUGUUCUUCAAAGAAAUUGAAGGUAUAUUCAACGCCACCACCAGUGAAGUGUCAUGGAUAUCUUCCAUCAUGCUUGCUGUCAUGUAUGGUGGAGGUCCCAUCAGCAGUGUCCUGGUGAACAAAUAUGGCAGUCGUCCAGUCAUGAUUGCAGGCGGCUGCCUGGCUGGCAGUGGCUUGAUUGCAGCGUCUUUCUGCAACACUGUGCAGGAGCUGUACUUUUGUGUCGGGGUCAUUGGAGGUCUUGGGCUUGCCUUCAAUUUGAAUCCAGCUCUGACCAUGAUUGGCAAGUAUUUCUACAAGAAGAGACCACUGGCAAAUGGACUGGCCAUGGCAGGCAGCCCGGUAUUCCUCUCAACCCUGGCCCCCCUCAACCAGAUUUUCUUUGGUAUUUAUGGCUGGAGAGGAAGCUUCCUGAUUCUUGGGGGCUUAUUGUUAAACUGUUGUGUGGCUGGAUCCCUCAUGAGACCAAUUGGGCCCAAACCAGCCAAAGUAGAGAAAGAGGGAUCCAAAGAACCUCUUCAGGAAGCUGGAAAAUCUGAGGCAAGAAAAGGAACAGGCGAUGUGAACACAGACCUUAUUGGAGGAAACCCCAAAGCAGAGAAACAGUCAUUCUUCCAAACCAUUAAUAAAUUCCUGGACUUCUCUCUGUUCAAGCACAGAGGAUUUUUGUUAUAUCUCUCUGGAAAUGUGCUCAUGUUCUUUGGACUAUUUACUCCUCUGGUCUUUCUUAGUAACUAUGGAAAGAGUAAGCAUUUCUCAAACGAGAAGGCUGCUUUCCUUCUUUCCAUUCUUGCUUUUGUUGACAUGGUGGCCAGACCGUCGAUGGGGCUGGUAGCCAACACAAAGUGGAUAAGACCUCGAGUCCAGUAUUUCUUUGCUGCUUCUGUUAUUGCAAAUGGAGCAUGUCAUCUGCUAGCACCUUUAUGCUCGACAUAUGUCGAGUUCUGUGUCUAUGCGGGAUUCUUUGGAUUUGCAUUUGGAUGGCUCAGCUCAGUACUGUUUGAAACAUUGAUGGACCUCGUGGGACCGCAGAGAUUCUCCAGUGCUGUGGGAUUGGUGACCAUUGUGGAAUGCUGCCCUGUGCUCCUGGGGCCACCGCUGUUAGGUCGUCUCAAUGACAUAUAUAAAGACUACAAAUAUACAUACUGGGUAUGUGGUGUAAUUUUAAUUUUCGCAGGCCUCUAUCUGUUUGUUGGCAUGGGAAUCAACUACCGGCUUACAGCAAAAGAACAAAAAGCAGAGAAAAAAGAAGAAAGUAAAGAAGAGGAGACCAGUAUAGAUGUUAUUGAGAAACCAAAAGUUGCCAAUGCAGCAGAAUCUCUAGAGCAGAUAAGCACAAAAAGCGGUCCCAAGGAAGGGAGUCCAGUUUGAACUUGGGGGUUAUUGAGGGAUAAAUGCAGCAGCUUAUGAUCCAAGAUACCGGAAAUAUUCUACUGGCCUGUAAUCUACCAGUGGUGCUCAAUGUAAAAUGUGGACUGGUGUGGAAAUCAUACUAGGUGUUCAUUGAUGGAGUUUUUGUUUCACCUUGUUACCAAUAGCCUGAAUUAAAAUAUUGUAUCCUUUGGGGAGGGAUUGAAUGGCAAAGUAUGAGAGGAGGAUGUCUUUCUUUCUUUUUUCUUUCUUCCUUUUCUCUCUCUUUUUUUUUUUUGGUUAACCUUAGCUUUCAGCAGUGUCAUGAAGAUUAUAAUACGUGCCUUAAGUUUUAGUCUUUAGAACUCUUUAGGGAGCCUUAACUUUUUAAACCAUUCUGCUAAAUUCAUCUAUUUUAAGUGUUGCAUUAAAAGGAAAAAUACCCUAAUUGUUUGAGGCAAGUCUAAAAUUAAUCUUGAUUUAUUGUUAUUUGUAUUAUUUUGCCAGACAUUGUCACUGGAAGAUUAUGAGUAGAAAUACUGCUUGGAAAUUAGGGGUUGUUGAAAUAUUUUGUAAUGUCAAUAAUUGCUUGGCACGUGUGCCUGUUAGUGAUAUAUUUAGGAAAUUUAAAUCAUAAAAUCUGGAAAUUUUUGGCUGUUCUAGACACAUUGCAUUUGUCAACGUCCCUCCAGUAUCUUUUCUUGGGAUGCUUAGUAGAGUCCAAGUGCUUAAGAAGAGCUAAUUUCAUUAGAUGACUAUUUUUGCACCCCUUUUCAAAUACACAUGUAGAGGGUUAUCGAGCAUUGCUCUUUUGGGAUCACUUAGUAUUUUUUUCAUUGUUAAAAAUUUAUAUUAAAAUAUACCAAAUAAUAAAUUUGAGCCUCCUUAUUAAAUAUAACAUACCUAAGUAAAUGUAGACAGAUAUUUCAAACAGUGACUGGAUUUAGGUUUUUCCAAAACCUCAGACUGUAAAUUGUUAUUUUCUUUUCCUGAAUUUUUUUCCCCUUUGAUUCAUAGUUAAUUCUAUUUAUAUCUGCUUCUAGUUUAGAGGUCCAUGUGAGAUACUCAGUUUUAAUGGGUUUUUUCCCCAAAGUUUGCUGAUUAAAGAGGUCAGAGAGCUUUUGCUCAGGUAAAUCAAUAAGGACGAAACUGGGAGGAAAUUUUCUUGGUGUACUUAGUUUCACUAAAUAACUCCUUUUCCUUUUCUGAGAAAGCCUUAAAGAAAAUUAUGUUUUGCUUAGAAUUUAUUGGACACAUUCUUACUCUCCACACAGAUGUAAGAAUUUUGACCCUGUUCACUUCCCUGUAAAGUAAUGAGGUCAUUGUAACAAUAGGAGGAAGGACAGACCAGAAUAAAAACUGUAAAUAUUUUUUAACCUAAUAUCUUUUAAAUUGCUACAGGAUGGUAAUAUUCAAUGGAUUAUAUUCAGUGCAUUUUAAAAUAUUGUAUUGAGUGAAUGAAAAGAUAGUUACAAAACCUUGUGUAAGAAGCUGGCUUUUCCAAAUAAACUUUUUUUUUUUUUU